AUGACCAUAACCGGCACCUGGCACAAAGCCCUCGAGGCUGAGAUCCUCCAGCGCUCAUCGCAGAUCGUCUCUGUGGUUGACGGAAAUGCUUACAUCUUCGGUGGUGAGCUCCGGCCACGAGAGCCAAGGGAUAACGAUGUCCAUGUUUUCUCAUUUGGUGGAGAUGCAACUCUCUCCACCAAGCAAGCGUCUCAAUCCCCCUCCGCACGGGUAGGCGCAGCAUCUGCAACACUCCACGGCAAAAUUUACAUCUUCUCCGGCCGCGACGGCGCCGAAGCGGCUCCACUCAACGAGGCGGGUUCUCUUUGGGAAUUCGAUCCUGCUACGGGAUCCUGGACCGUAGUUUCACCGUCUGAUUCGACCAGCAGGUAUCCGGCAUCCCGGAGUUACCACUGCAUGACGAGUGACGGAAUUGACAAGAUAUACUUGCAUGCUGGAUGUCUCGAGCAGGGACGCGGGGGAGACCUCUGGGCGUUCAGCUUAUCCACAAAGGAAUGGACGGAGCUGUCGACCGCGCCUGGUUCUCCGCGUGGUGGUACAUCUAUCACUUUCGCCAAUGGGAAACUCUACCGCAUGAACGGGUUCAACGGGAAAACUGAAGAAGGUGGAGUCUUGGACAUUUACUCCCCCGAGAAGAAUACUUGGUCUUCGCACGAAUUUGCACCCGAUGGGAAGUCCGGUCCUACGCCUCGGAGUGUUGCUGCAUUGCUCCCUGUUUCUGUUUCCGGGAAGACAUAUCUGGCUACAUUGUUUGGGGAGCGGGAUCCCAGUUCUUUGGGACAUCAGGGAGCAGGCAAGAUGCUGAGUGAUGUGUGGGUUUUUGAUAUUGAGAGUAAGAUGUGGGAGGAAGUUGAUGUUAAGGGCGGUGUGCCGGAUGCUAGAGGCUGGUUUGAUGCUGAUGUUCUCGGUGAGGAUACGGUUGUUGUCCAGGGUGGCUUGGGCGAAGAUAAUGAGCGGUUGAGGGAUGUGUGGAUUUUGAAGCUCAACCCUUGA